GUAGAAUUUUAAACAGAUUUUCGAAGGAUGUGGGCAUCAUGGAUGAGUGGCUGCCCAAAACGAUGUUGGAUACGAUCCAGGGGUAUUCCGUAGUAUGUGGUAUAAUGAUUAUGGAGGCGAUAAUUAAUCAAUGGAUACUAAUAUUGAUAGCCAUAAUAGUCGUCUUGUUUUUCUUCGUUACGAAGUUCUAUAUGAAGAUUGGUCAAGACAUCAAACGUCUCGAAGGCGUAAUGAAGAGUCCUAUAUUCUCGUACGUAAAUGCCACGCUGAAUGGCUUGCCGACGAUUAGAAGCAGCGGCGCUGAAAUCGAGAAGAUAAUGCGAAAACGGUUUGAUGAAUUGCAAGAUCGUCACAGCGGCACGUG